AUGGACUCAGCAGACUCGGUCCCCGAAGGCGCCUGGACCGCGUUGGAUAGGAUAAUGGCAGUGCCAUUAUGGCUAUAUACACUCUUCUUGUUCCUGGCUCCUUCUCCAAGACCGCCUAGAACUUCGGAGAAGCAGUAUACUACAGUCCUUUCCAAUGGCGACGUUUCGAAACCGCAGCAGCUACCAUGCUGGUACGACAACCACGUCGCCCUCAAAGGCAUGGCUCGGGAAGGGAAGAUUCAAAGGGCAGAGGCGUUCCAGGUUGAGGAAGGGGGUGUAUUCAUGAGCCUUGUUGUACCGGCGUACAACGAGGAAGAGAGAUUGAGCGGCAUGCUUGAAGAAGCGGUGGACUAUUUGCAGGCGAAUUACGGUCAUCAUGGUACCAAGAGCAAGAGUUCGAGUAAUGGAAGUUUGCAAGCUGCUGGGCAAGAAGGAGACCCCAGGCGAGGGUGGGAGAUUAUCGUGGUGAGCGAUGGCAGUACGGACAAGACGGUGCAGACCGCGUUGUGGUUUGCGAGAACGCAUCAGAUGAACAAGCACGCCGCCCAGCACGGGCCGUGGAAUGGCUCGCUGAGCCAUGGGAGUAUACCACCUGGAAGUAUACGAGUGGUUCAGUUGGAGGAAAAUCGAGGUAAGGGUGGUGCGGUCACACACGGCAUGAGGCACGCAAGAGGGACGUAUGUGGUAUUCGCAGAUGCAGACGGUGCCAGCAAAUUCACGGAUCUCGGAAAACUUGUUAUGGCCUGUGAGAAGGCGAAGGACAAGUCUGGUCGAGCAGUCGCUGUGGGCUCAAGAGCACACAUGGUGGGGACUGAAGCCGUCGUCAAGCGCUCGGUCCUCAGAAACACGCUCAUGCGACUCUUCCACCUGCUCAUCCGGACUCUCACUACACGACGCACCGCCGAGAUCAAGGACACGCAAUGCGGCUUCAAGCUCUUCACGCGACCGUCGCUACCCUACAUUGUCCCAUACAUGCACUCGGAAGGCUGGAUCUUCGACGUUGAGAUGCUGAUGCUGGCAGAGAGCGCAGACAUCCCUAUGGUAGAGGUCGCGAUAGGUUGGAAGGAGGUUCUGGGCAGUAAGCUGAACGUCAUCUACGACAGCUUAGGAAUGGCGUUGGGUUUGGCCACCUUGAGGUUUGGCUGGGGUUUUGGACUUUAUAGAACCGACUGA